GUGGCGACCGCGUGCUUCGGGUGCGCCGCAGUGGACGCCAAGGACGUGGGUGACUCUCGACGCCACCUCUCUUGCAACGGCGCCAGGUGGUGCAUGAGAGUUUUCCAGGAUGCGCUGCUCAGAACAUCAGAGAUCGAAGCAGCGGGUUUGAAGAUCGUCGUGGACACCCGCAAGUUGGACAAGAGGGAUUCGUUCCGAUGUACAGUUUCUCACGUGCAGUCUCAGGCGGCAGGCCUUCGGGACUUCCUGCUGGCGACCCCGUCUGACCAGAGCGGCCUCCUCAUCACGGCCACGAUGGAUGACGCCGAGAUGUGGGUCAG